AGGGGAGAGGGGAGGGAAAAAAAGCAAAGGAGACAGAAGAAACACAAGGACAGAGAGCUUUGUGCCAUGGCAGAUAGAACACGAGCAAGUCGGAAAUAGUAGUGCAGCUUUUUUUAUUCUCACUGGGGAUUUAAGCUGCUUCAGAUUGGCUUCAAGACUGAUAGAGGAUUCCCCUGCUUGUGGAGCGUGGCUCUCCGCUCUGAUCUAAGACGGGACUUUGUUUUGAAACUGAGGCAGUGAAGAGGAGGGAGUGAGAGGGACACUUGCCUCUACAGCCUUUGUAGCCUACCUGCUUGACAGAUGGCACCAGCAGAAUGAUCUUUGACUCUCUCCCAGGAACCAUACCUCACUUCGCUCACUGAGGUGGUAUCUUGGUGGAAACGACAAUGAGCUGGAACACGGGAAGGACCUCAACAACUGCAACAAGCACAAGUGAGACCAACUGUGUCUUUCUCUGCCUUGGGGAUGCCAAAAUAAGAACCAAGUGACAACAGUGCCCAAGUCUGAACCACAGCAUCAAUAUUCAAGGGCUGACACCUGGUGCCUUCUCCUUUAACAUAAACAGCAGCAUCUAAGGUACCUGCUCUGACUCCUUGGACAUUAGCAUUGCCACUGUUUGUAACUUAACCUGGCCGUCCCUGGGGAGGACCAGCAAAGGAGUUGUGUUACACUUGCUGACAGGCCUUAUGCAUGUUUCAUCUGCUUCUCUCAGAACAGAAGCCCCUUUUGUUAUCUAAUCUAGCCCUCUUCUUCCCAGCCUGAGUGAAUGAGUUCAUUGCAACAAGACUGUUCUUCACAGACUGUCAACCAGAUGCCAAGCUGAUACAUAUUCGGCAGCUGAGAAGCACGAAGAGGACUUUGUCAGGGCUAAGAUACCUGGACCUGUUUUAUAAUCACUGGAUAGUACUCAGAAAGAAUUUAAAAAUAAAAAGGGCUAUGUGAGGUUUUAAAAAUAGAUCUCCAUUGUUCAUUAUCUUUUAAGGACUAAACUCGAAUUUUAAGCUGCAAAACAAAACAUUCCAGAUCUCAUAAAAUAGCUUUGUUUGGGGCUGUUUGGAUCUUAGAAGAGUUGGAGCAAUGAGUGACACUCUGAGACCUCCUUCGCUCCAGGUGAGCGUUCCAAAAGAUGCCCCAGCUUAUUCUGAUGGAGGGAACAAUGCAGUGUCAGAUGGCUCUGUGCGAUCCAGCUCCUCAACGCCGACUCUCCGCCGCAAGCGCUUCAAGAUGCGACGUAUGAGGAAUGUGCCAAGCGAGAGAGAGAACACAAGAGCACGGGUGACCAACACUCAGCUUACAGCCAGAUCCCGGUCCAGCUCCAAGGAGUACCUCCAGUUGCCAUCCAUUGAGAUAACACCCUCCAGCGAUGAAGAUGCCCUAUCUUCCUGGUCAAGCUGUUCCACCCCCAGUGCAUCUCCACGCCGCAAGCGUUUCCUGUUGAGGAGGUGGCUGAAGGUCAGAGAGAGGAAGAAGCAAGGCAGUGAAAGCAGCAGCCAGCAAAGCAGUCAGCAGAGCAGCCUGCAGAGCAGCCACGAAGAUGAUAGCACUCGCUUCCUGACACCACAGAUCCGAGAGGAGAGGUCUGACAGUGCAGCGGACAAAAUCAGCACUGCCAGUAACUCAAACAAGAGCUCACCCACCUGCUCACCAGUCUUGCGUAAACAUUCACGCUCUCCAACACCACAGACCCAAGAGGGUGAGAACAUGGUGGAGAAGGGUUCAGACCACUCCUCCGACAAGUCCCCCUCCACACCUGAGCAGGUCGUCCAGAGAACGUACUCUGUGCAGUCGGCGCGAAGCGGCGGAAAGAACUCCAAGUCUCACAAGCGACUUUCCAAAAAGAGCCAAAGCUGGUACAACGUGCUGAGCCCGACAUACAAGCAGCGCAAUGAGGACUUCAGGAAACUCUUCAAGCAGCUCCCUGACACAGAGAGGCUCAUUGUGGACUACUCCUGUGCUCUCCAGCGGGACAUCCUCCUGCAGGGACGGCUCUACCUCUCUGAGAACUGGAUCUGUUUUUAUAGCAACAUCUUCCGCUGGGAAACUCUCCUGACAGUGCGGCUUAAGGACAUCUGCUCGAUGACAAAAGAGAAGACUGCUCGUCUCAUUCCCAAUGCCAUACAGGUCUGCACAGACAGUGAGAAGCACUUCUUUACCUCAUUCGGAGCCAGAGACAGGACGUACAUGAUGAUGUUCAGACUCUGGCAAAACGCCCUGCUUGAAAAGCCCCUGUGCCCUAAGGAACUUUGGCACUUUGUCCAUCAAUGCUACGGCAACGAGCUGGGCUUAACGAGUGACGACGAGGACUAUGUCCCUCCUGAUGAUGACUUCAACACCAUGGGGUUCAGCGAGGAGAUUCCCAAUGAAGAGAACGAGAUAAACAAUGACAACUUGACAAAGAACAGCGCAGACGCCAAGCCUGAGGGAAGUCCUCCUUCACUACACAAGAACGUUAUCCCAAAUAACUCCCUCCCAAGCCCCCGAAACCAUGACACAACCAUCACUUUUGAACUCCCUGCAGAGGAAUUUGCAGACUGCCUACCGGAUGGAGAGCUGCUGACGGUGCCCCUUGUGGUAGAGGACAAGAACGACACCAGCGGGCCUGGUGGUCCCAUUCCCUCACCUUCACUGGACUUUAACGACAAUGAAGACAUCCCCACUGAGCUCAGUGACUCUUCAGAAACCCAUGACGAGGGUGAGGUACAGGCCUUUCACGAAGACCUGAAUGGCAGGCAACAUAUCAAUGAGGUGUACAAGUUCAGUGUGGACAAGCUGUAUGACAUCCUCUUCACAGAGUCUCAGUUUAUGAGUGACUUUAUGGAGCAGAGGCGAUUCUCAGAUAUUGUGUACCACCCGUGGAAGAAGGAAGAGGCAGGAAACCAGACCAGAGUGAUCAUGUACACCAUCUCUCUGUCUAACCCUUUGGCCCCGAAAACAGCAACGGUCACAGAGACGCAGACUCUGUACAAAGCCAGUCAGGAGAGUGAGUGCUACAUCAUCGACGCUGAGGUGAUCACGCAUGACGUGCCCUACCACGAUUACUUCUACACACUCAACCGCUACAUGCUCACACGGGUGGCCAAGAAUAAGUGUCGGUUACGGGUUUCAACAGAGCUGCGGUACAGGAAGCAGCCAUGGGGGCUGGUAAAAGGAUUCAUUGAGAAAAACUUCUGGAGUGGACUCGAGGAGAACUUCCGCCAACUGGAGGUGGAGCUGUCGAAGCUGGAGGAGCUACUAAUGGAGACCCACCAGCUGUCUCCGAAGGCCAAGGUAGGGAAGAACGCCACUGUUAGGAGGAAGAAGAGGCCUCUCCCCCACAUGCGCAGCCAACACCUGGAUGAGGCCCUCAGCCCUGUUACCACGCCAACAGAUGAGGAAGUGAUUCAGAGGAUCAAACAUGUGGUGGGCUCCACACAGACCAGGCACCAAAGUCCACAACAACAUCACCUGCCAGGAGGCAUAGCUCUGUACAGCGUCUCCAAACUGCUGCUCAUCAUCAGCUUUGUGAUCUGUCUCAGCUUGGUCCUCCUGGUGUUCCUCAACAUGAUGCUCUUCUAUAAGCUUUGGAUGCUCGAGUACUCUGCCCAGUCCUUGACAACAUGGCAAAGUCUGCGGCUUCAUGAGAGUAAACUGCCUCAGACACAGAUGGAGUGGGCCCAGCUCCUGGAGGCGCAGCAGCGUUACCAUGACGCCGAGCUGCAGAAGUGGAGAGAGAUAAUAAAGUCGUCAGUAGUGCUGCUGGACCAGAUGAAAGACUCUUUGUUAAACCUCCAGCGAGGCAUUGGUUUGAGGGACUACAACUCUGAGACCGAGGAAAAGAAAAGUCGCUAUCACUGACACACCACCACAAGGCCAUGAGGGCAUGCCGUGCAAUAUAAGGACCGGUUUUGUUUGUCAAGCAGUAUGGAGGCAGCAGCGGGCAGAAAUGAGGGCGGGACCAAUGGUGAGCGGGUCCAAAGACACAAAGGAAGGGACAGUAGUAGUUUUCUGAGCACAGACGUUAAAGUGCCCCAGAGAGGGGAGCACAGAAGGUAUCCCCAACAUCUGGGAGGCACCUUGGGAAGAUGCGAGACUUUCUCGUUCUUUACACCAGUGUGGAAACAUUUUCAUUCUGCUCUUUUUAUUUUGAAGUGCAUCCUACUUUAAGCCAUCAGGAGAGUCUCCAAGAUAAAGAAGGACCUACUGCAUGCAUGUAGACAACCCUAGUCCUCAGUCAGUGUUAAUAUGGUGCAGUUCCAGUCUAUGUAUGUCAGAAAAUAGAAGAACAUAAAAACAGAGACCCAGUCAAAGGUCAUGGGUAUCAUUGGAGUUUUAAACUCUCGACUGUUCCAAAAAGAAAUCAUUCCCUCAAAGUCCACGCUGUAGCGUCCCUUUAACAAAACCUCCAGGCGAUUCCGAGGACAGGUUCAACAAAACAGAUCUAGUAUUAUAGCCGGUAGAUCAGCUUUACUGAUCCCUCCCUGUUUCCUUGUUUGAACCUGGCCUAUAUGGUUCCUGUCAGGGCUGGCUCCCUGUCAGACCAGUAUGUCAAAAAGUUAAAAAUCUCUGGAAGAGCCCAAUUUGUCUUAUCAACAUACAUUACCUAUUGGAUGGUUACUAAAUACUACUUUGCAUUAUUUCUCCUCCUCCUAAUGAAAUGGAAUGUAUUAGUCUAUUAGGACUAGGUCAGGUUUUUAACACAACUUAACAUUUAAAUUAAAUUGGUGACUCUGCAGCCAGGACAGUAGGGAGACCUGCAUUCUUAAAUGUUUUAUUACUAAACUGUGAUGAAAUCUCUUUACAGAUGUUUCAAAUUGCAAAGGAUUCUAUGAAUAUAUUUGAAAUAUAUAAGAAUAUUUCAUUAUUUAAUACAUAUAUAUUUCAAUAUAAACAUAUAUAAAUACAUGACCUAUAUUUAUUGUUAAUUUAUGUACAUACAGAAAUUCUCAGAGCUCGAGACAAGUUAAAGAGUUUCUAAUGAAAUGUGUUUUCUUCUAAGAAAUGCAUGCCAGAUAUGUCUGUGACAUGUCCAGUGUGCAAGUAUGAUUUUACAUUUGCGCGAUUAUAUUCGCGCUCCAGUUUGUGUGAGAGUGUGUGUGUGUGUGUGUGUGUGUGUGUGUGUGUGUGUGUGUGUGUGUGUGUGUGUGUGAGAGAGAGAGAGCGUGCGUGCGUGCGUGCUCACACAUGUGCUGGAAAGUGUGACAUUUUUACCAUUCUACAUUUGUAUGUUUCUUACUUUUUCUUUUCUUCUGGUUCCCUGCAGCCAGACUGCCUUUUUUUAUUUUAAAUGGUAACGUGUUUUGGAUGCCGCCUUGCAUUAUAGUCCCACCAGGGUCCAGUUUACACUAGAAGAGUUUUGUUCCGAAGUAAUGUAUCCAAAAUCUAAAAACAAAAUUAACCCCUGCUUUUAGAAAGUGAUCGGUUGCUAAAAUUGACACGUUCUAUGAAAUAUUUUUUAGGAGAAGCUCAAUUGAGUUAAGAAGCUGAGGAUUUUCCUCAUCUAAAUGGAUAUGUAAUGUUUUGGAUGAAAACCCUUCAUUCGUCCUGUGAGCAGCUCAUCUGCUCAUGGCUUGACCUCUCUAUGAUGAACAGGAAUCUUUUGGCAUUUUGAGAAAAGCUCUCGAUGUUUUGCACCACUUCCAUAUCUGAAAAUGCAAAUAACUAAAACUUAAACUGGAAAAAAAAUGAAACCUUAAAAUCUUCUUCAAAUUUAACUUUUAACUGAUCUAGAGUUAAUUUGAAUUCAUGAUGAAACUUCUCAAAAUGUCAAAUUUUCCCUUUAAUCCAGAUUAUUGUAAUUCCCCUCCUACCAUUUCAAGUGUCUGUCGUCGUUGCAAUAAAAGCAUGAAAAUAAACGCAACUAAACUGAA